AUGCCUCGUAUACAUAACACGCCGGAAUCUGCACUGUCGCGUGCAGACUCAAAGGACCACGCGACUACAUGUAGAGGUCUCACGACCCAAGGCCGGCCGUGUCGUCGUGCGUUAGCUUCAUCCGCGACACCGUCCCCGGCUUCAACGCCUCAUAAGUGGAACGCUCGUCAAGAUGCGACCGACAUAUCGGACUUGUACUGCUGGCAGCAUAAGGAUCAGGCUCAAAGUGCGGUGCCAACCCUCAACGACCAUUCCAGCCCAGUCAAGCCCAGGACAAGCAUUGACACGCUCAUGGAUCGGCUCGGGGUGCUUGACAUUCAAGACAAGCCAUCUAGAAAAGCACAACCCUCUCGAAAGAAGCCUGGGCGUCCCCAACGUCCGGUUGAAAAGCGUCGCCCAAGAAGAACAUUUUGUUGCUUCGAGAUCGUUGACGACAACGAAGACCAUCGACCAGCAGCGCCGGUACCAAGACCGGCACCAACUCGGCCGCAACAAAAGGUGCGACCGUCCCCAGCGCAAACGUUACAGAGACCAAAUCCACCCUACCAUGGCAGGCAUUCGUCAUCGUCAUCACAGACGCCGGCCCUCUUGUCAUGGAUUCCCAAAGAUCUUCCGCCGCAAACCACAUCGGUGCUUCUUGCAGAGUUGGCGAAGCCCAUCUCAACGGCCGAUGAUCAAGGUUACAUCUACAUGUUCUGGAUUACUCCUCAAAAGACAACUCGAGACACACAACCCCCCGUGCCAAGGGAUGUUGCUGCUUCAAUCAUGCCGACCAGUCACUCAAAUGAUCGAGGCGGUCUGAGACCCCCGGCACAGGACCGCAGCAUCAGCGACGCACUACGUGCUGCCAGAGACCUUGACGUUCUGACAACAAAACCGUCGAAUUCAAGUCCAGGCACGAUUCGUCUGAAGAUUGGUCGGACAAGCAACGUGCACCGUCGGCUAGCAGAAUGGACUCGACAGUGCUCGUACGAUCUCACUCUCAUCAGAUACUAUCCUUAUACACCGUCGUCUCCGUGUCCAUCUCCUGCUCGCAAGAACAGCGCUGUCAGCUCGGAGACCCUUUCCCAGCCUGGACGAAAAGUUCCGCAUGUGCAUCGUGUUGAAAGGUUGAUUCAUCUUGAGCUGGACGAUUUGCGGUUGCGUGAUUUGGGUCGCUGUGAGGAAUGUGGCAAAGAGCACCGUGAAUGGUUUGAAGUUGAGGCGGCGAAAGACGCGUUGCGUCGUGUGGACGAUUGUGUGCGACGAUGGAUAUCCUGGGCAGAGUCGAUGCCAUAA